UCUCUGACUGUGGCCAUCCAUAAUCUAUGUGGCCGAAAAGUUGUUUGAGAAACUCACAGCCUGUUGAAGACCUGGAACUGACGAAACGACGGUUUGGGCGCGCGUUUUGGGUGGUUAUGAAUAUUUCGUGUGCUAUCAGCGGAACAGAGUGUGAGCUCCAGAAACCGAACAUGACUGAAAAUGGACUUGGGAACCGGGUGCUUAACAUGGACACCAUGAACCCGAAUGUAAAGCGGGUUGAGUAUGCUGUCCGUGGUCCAAUCGUGCAACGUGCAUUGCAGAUUGAAAAGGAGCUCAAAGAGGGGGUUGAGAAGCCUUUUACAGAGGUCAUCAAGGCCAACAUUGGUGAUGCGCAUGCUAUGGGCCAGAAACCAAUUACAUUUCUCCGACAGGUUGUAGCGCUCUGCGCCUACCCAGAUCUCCUAGAAGACGACAAGUUUCCAGAGGAUGCUAAAAAUAGAGCACGGCGCAUUCUUCAGGCCUGUGGAGGGGGAAGUAUAGGUGCAUACAGUGCUAGUCCAGGUAUUGAGAUCAUACGACAGGAUGUGGCUAAAUAUAUUGAGAAGCGGGACGGUGGCAUCCCCAGUAACCCUGACAGCAUCUACCUCUCCACCGGGGCCAGUGAUGCCAUAGUGACCAUGCUAAAGCUGUUGACGUCAGGCGAGGGGAAGAACCGUACAGGGGUGAUGAUCUCCAUCCCUCAGUACCCCCUCUACUCUGCUGCUCUGGCUGAGCUGGCGGCUGUCCAGAUCAGCUACUACCUGGACGAGGACAAGUGCUGGAGCCUGGACGUCAAUGAGCUGAGGAGGGCUGUGAAGGCAGCCAGGGAGCACUGUAACCCCCGCGCCCUCUGCAUUAUCAACCCUGGCAACCCCACAGGUCAGGUCCAGAGCAGGCAGUGCAUUGAAGAUGUGAUCCGAUUCGCUGCUGAGGAACACCUUUUCCUGAUGGCUGAUGAGGUGUACCAGGAUAAUGUGUAUGCGGAGGGUUGCCAGUUCCACUCCUUUAAGAAGGUUCUGUUUGAGAUGGGACCAGAGUACUCCAGUGUUGUGGAGCUGGUCUCCUUCCACUCCACCUCCAAAUGCUUCAUGGGAGAGUGUGGUUUCAGAGGAGGGUACAUGGAGGUGGUUAACAUGGACCCUGAGGUGAAGUUGCAGCUGACUAAGCUGGUGUCUGUGCGGCUGUGCCCCCCCAUCCCUGGGCAGGCCCUACUGGACCUGGUGGUCAAUCCCCCUCAGCCUGACGAGCCUUCCUAUGCCACCUUCAUCAAGGAGCGUACUGCCAACCUGGAUAUCCUGGCUGAGAAGGCCAAGAUGACAGAGCAGGUCCUCAACACGGUCCCAGGGAUCCACUGUAACCCUGUCCAGGGAGCCAUGUACACCUUCCCCCGCCUCUCACUGCCAGAGAAAGCCAUCAAUGCGGCAAAGGAGAAAGGCCAGGCUCCAGACAUGUUCUACUGUAUGAAGCUGCUGGAGGAGACUGGUAUCUGCCUGGUUCCAGGUAGUGGCUUCGGGCAGAGAGAUGGAACCUACCAUUUCAGGAUGACCAUCUUACCUGCAACUGAAAAGCUGAAGGUUGUAUUGGAAAAGAUCAGAGAGUUUCAUAAGCGGUUCACAGAGGAGUUCUCAUAACCCCACUCCUCUUCCCAGUCUGGUCUGUAACAAAAGCCCACCCCUCUUCCCAGUCCGGUCUGUAACAAAACCCCACCCUUCCUCCUCAGAAACUGGUUGGAGAGAUGGUGAAAAUAUCUAACUGAAAGAGUGCCAGUGUGUUACCAACACCCCCCCUGUUCGAGACUCUCCCAUCUAGUGUCCUAGACUUGACAUUAAAAGAGGAGCAAUGUGUUAAGAAACUGCACUUUUUAGCAUGGUACCUGGCAUGCUGUUCUGUUUCAGCUAAUUGUUUAAAUUGUGUGUCAGACAGCAUCUGCACAGUGUACAUAUGUGAUAAUGUUUUAGUCAUUUUCAGUUCAUGACUAUAACUGAUUGUGUCAGGCAAAACAAGUAAAACCCUCAACUAUCUAGUUUUACAGGUUAUACAGCUACAUUAUGAUCAGUCAUACUAAUAUCAGUAAAUAGUUGGCAGAGGUGUGCUUUUAUUGCAUGCCAGAGGGAGUGCAAUGGCUGUUGCAUUGAAAAGGAUACUGUGAACUACUGUGUGUACGAUGAACAGUCUGAAUGUAGUUACAGUAUUUAAUAACCAUGUUGAUUUUUAUCUUGAAUUGUAAAAAUAUAAAUGAAAGUGUAAUUUC